AUGAAUCUAUUCAAAAAGAUAGUAUAUAUUAUUUAUUUUUAACGAAUUUUGAUCAUAUUUAUAAUCAAAAAAACAAAUUAAUAACAAGACUAAUUACUAUUUCUAAAAAUUAUUGUGCUUUUUAAAAAAAGUUAGCUGAUGAAAACAAUAAAUGAUAAUUAGGAUAGAGAAGCUGCUUAGUAUAGCUUAAGCAGAUUCUCGAUUUAAAAAUCUUUGAAACAAUUUUAUAUAGAUGACUUGAUGCUAAUAAUAAAAGGUUAUAACAGAGGUAAGCACUUGAGCUUAACUUUGAUUUUUUUAAAAACUAUUUUGCAAUUCAUCAUAAUUUUCAAUAAUGAUAUCGCUACUAAAUUAGUAUUAAGAGAAAACUAUUUAAGCUUUGUUUAAGAUUAUAAUGUUCUCUAAAGCCUUUAAAGUAAUUAAGGUUUGUGUUAGAUAUGCUAAAUUAUUCUACUUUCUUUGAAUUCAUUAUUACUUAUUUACAUAUUCUGCAAAUUUAUUUAUGCAUCUUUGAAGAAUCAAAAAAAGAACAAAUAUUUAAAGCUUUUGAUAUUUAUAAAUGAGAGAGAGAAGUUGAUAGUUGAGUAAAAUUAAAAACUAUAUGAUAUAGUUUUUUCAUUUUUCUUCUCUAUUUACAUGCAUAUCAUAUUGAUCCCUUCCAUAAUAUUUUCAGGAAUUUUAGUAGGAAGAAAUAUUUCUUCAGUCAACUUAUCCCUUACACUAAUUAUAGGCUUAUUGAUAUCUAAUAAUGAUUAUGACUUUUUGGUAAUGUCUAAAGAUGCACUAAGAUAAAAGUAUUCAGGGUUUUAAACAGUCUUUCAGCUUUUUGAAAUGAUAUGCUACUUUAUUUCAAUAGUCAUAAAUACUAGUAGUAGCUUAUUAAUAUUAAUAUUAAUUUUUGUUUCAGAAAUAUUGCGCUUAAUAAUAUUAAAACCUUACUUUUCUAAUAGAAUAUAAAUUUUACAGCUUUUUAUCAAUAACUAUUUAUUAAAAUUUGUUAUUACUCUGCUAAUCAUAAUAAACAUUUAAUAAUAAAAAAUUCAUUAUUUUUCCUUUCUUGUGAUAAUAUUUCUUCCAAUUUCAUAUAAAAUUAGUGAAAUUAUCUAAUCACAUCUUACAUAAGGAUAUUUCUAAAAUUUCGAAAAUUAUUUAUUUAAUCAAGAAGAAAUUAAACCUAGCAGCUUAAAUUAUCUAACAAGCAAUUUUGCAGCAGAAAAAUAAAGUUUAGAGCAUGCAGAAAUAAAAGCCAUAAGUUAUUUAAUAUAAUAUAAAUAGCUUACUUAGGACUUAAGUAAUUAAGAAACUUUAUCCAAUAAAACUUAAAGAUUUUAAUUUUUUAAAAAAAUCCAAAAAACUUAUCUCAGUGAAGAUAAAAAUAAUAACAUUUCCCUUUUAGGUAACUACAAAGCUGAUUAAAAGGUUAUAGAAGGAAAGGAAUAUGUUUUUAAAGAAUAAGCAUAUGGAAAAAAUGAAUAACUUAAGCAAGAAAUUAACUAGUUUUUUUUAGAUAUUUUCUAAACAUAAAGGAAAAAUAAUGAAUUUGGAAUGAUUGAUAUAUACUAUCUUGUAUUUAUUAUAGAAAUAUUACAAAAUUUUACAAAAUUUGAAAUGGUAUUAACACAAUCUUAGAAAUUUAUUGAUGUUAAAUAUUCAUAAAUUAUAUCUUCAAUUAAAAAUUAAGUGCAAAAACACAAAGAUAAUUUAAAAUUGAUUAGAGAUGAGAAAUUAAUAUUUUCUCCAACUUACUAUUAAGCUUUGCUAUUUGAUGAGCUAAUUAAUUAGGCUUUUUAAAACUUAGAGUAGGCUAUAUAAAAAAAGAUUUAGUUGCUUGUAUUCAUGAAAAGUAGAUAUAUAGAUUUGGAAUAAAUAUAAUCUAAGUUAGAAGAAUUAUUGACUCUAAGAAAAACUCUAAUUGAAUAGAUUAGUUUAUUAAUAAGAGUUAAUGAGUAUAAUUCUUAGCUUUAUGAUAUAUAUCUGAAUUACCUUGAAACUAUCUCAUUUAGUGAUUCCGAUAUUCAUUUAAUGAAGUAUAAUAAAUUUUAGAAAUAGUAAGAACAGAAGUUGUAUAAAAUAAACUCUUCACACACAUGCAUACUUUAUGCAUCACUUAAAACUGAAAAACAAAGAACAAAGAUCUGCAAAGUUUCUAACAAUUUUUACCAAUUUUUUGGAUUCAAACCUUAAUUAAUAUUAAACAAACCUAUAGAAGUUUUAAUGCCUGCUCCAAUAGCAAAUAUUCAUUCAUAGUUCAUAACAAAGUUUUUUGAUUCAGGAAGAAAUACAACAAAUUUAGUUAAUAGCAUUUUGUUUGCUUUGACCUAAUCAAAUCAUAUCAUUCCUAUUAACAUUGACUUUAAAGUCAAUAUGAUUUCAGUCGAUAAUGAAUUUGGAAUAACAUCGCUACUUCAUAAGGUGAUUAAUUAAUGCUAGUAUAUUUUAUUUGAUGCUAAUACCUCAAGAUUAAUUUCAAUGACAUAUGAAAUUAGCUAAUUCAUAUUUCCUUCUCUUAAAUCAUUUGAAAAAGUAAAUUUAACUUAAUUCUUUCCUAUUAUAUAACAGUUUAGAUCAAAUUAGCAAGAUCUACUUUCAAGUCAUUAUUCAAAAACAUCUUAAUUAACUUAAAAAACUAACAAAUCAUAAAGAAUGUUUAGCAAUGCUAUUAGUAUAAAAUAUACAAAAAUAUUUACAAAAAAUAAUGUGAAAAAUAAUUUGGGUCAUGCAGAAAAAUCUCUUGAAAAAAAAGAAAAUGUAAAUUAAUUCCAUAAGAAAGAAGAAAAUAAAGAAGAUCAUAAAAAUGAAUUUAAAAAUUUAAAAGAAAUAGACUAAAAUGAAUUAAUUCAGUUGGAAAAUAUUAGCUUUCUUUUAAUUGUAAAUUAGAACACAUAUCCAAAAUAAUCUUCAAAGAAUAAAACUUAUAGGGGAUUGAGUUCAUACUAGUUUUUCACAAUGAAUAUUUCAAUAAGGUCUUUGUAAGUUUAAGGACUGGAAAAUAUAAAAUAUAUUGAGAUAACCUAGAUAAAAUAAAUUAACCCUAUUAGUAACUCAAGAUUAAUUAGAUCAAUAUAUAACAGCUGUGUAGAAGGAUAUGAAACAAAUUUUCACUAUCUAAAUUAUUCUGAUGUUGAAUGUAUACUAUCAGAAUUAGAUCAAAGUAGUUUAUAUGAUGAAACAUUAAUUUAAAAUGGAUUAAUUGAGAACUCUGACAUUGGAUAAUUAAGUAAAGUCAAUAUUAACAAUAACAACAUAUUAUAAUAGCCAGAUGAAGAUAAUUCAUAAGUGCUUUUUAACAGGUAUGCUUCUAAUACAAUUUAUAAAUAAUCUAAAUAAAUUAGUUAAGAUUUUAGCAUUUCAUAAAAAGGAGAUAAAGAUUCAAAUGAUUUCAAAUCUCACUAUAAGGGCCUAAAAUAAAGGUUAGGAAAUUCCUAAAAAAAUUAAUAAUCAGCCAACGAUAUAAAAAGAAAUUAAUAAAAUAAUAAGCAUGAUACAGAAAUCGACACAAUAGAAUAAUAAAAUAUAAGCUAGUUUAUUUCUAAUAAUCAUGAUUAAAGCUAGUAACAAUUUUUAAAAUUCAAUGCUAUUGACACAACUAACUAAAAAAAUAAUGACAAUUUUUAAGAUAUCAGCUAAAUUAAUAUAUAGACUUAACAUGGUGACACUUUUAUGUAGAGAAGCAAUAAUUAAUAUUAAGAAUAUAAUAACAUUUAUUCUUAAUUUGAAUUCCCAUAGUAACGAGCUAGCGACAAUGAAGUUAAAUAACCAUUAAGUAGUGAAGAAGUUAAUUAGUAAAACUAAGGUCAUAAUUAAAUUUAGUACAAUACUUAAAAUUAAAAUGAUGCAUAACUGCUUUAAUCAUUAAACUUUCAUCUGAAUUCUCCUUUUGAACUAAUAUAAUCUCCUUAACACUAAACUCUGUCUCCUAUGAAUAAUUAGCAUGCUGUCUUUUCUAUCCUUUCUCCAAAUAUUUAGUCUCCUCUCAACACUUAUAAUAAUAACCAAAACAACCAUGCUUAAGGAUAUUUAUUAUCUUAAAUUUCUAAUAACAAUUUCCAGCAAUCAAAAGCGGAUUAAUCAACAUAAAUAAAAAGCUCGAUAUAAUAAAAUUAAAACCAAAAUUCAAACUAUUAACUAAUAAAUAAUAACACAUCUUAGAUAUUAUCACCAGUAAAAAGUUAAAAUUAAAUACUGUAAAAUCAAUUUCUUCAGUAAUUUUCAAAUUAAUAAGAAUUGAGAGGGUCAAAAAUAAGUAAUGAGAUAGUAUUAAAUGAUCUUCUAGCAAGAGAUUCAAUAAAUAUAAUGUAAAAAUAAAUUACUUAACAAAGCUGUCGUUCUUUGUCAAAAAAAAGAAAAUUAAUAUAAAUUUAGCAUAAAAAUGAAAUAAAGCAUAUUAAAAAUGCUCUUGAUUCUUCAUCAAAUCAUUCAAGAGAAACAUCUUCUAGCAAUCAAACAAAAACAACAAAAUCUAUUAUUCUGCAAAAGCAUACUCUUGGAAUCAUGAAAUUUGUAUAAAUUGUUGGUUUACUAAGCUUUUUUGUUUUAUUUAUAGUUGUUGUUUAGCAGUUUUUUUCUAUUCAGGGUACUUUAUAAUCUUAUCAAAAUGAACUCAAUUAUGUAGACUGGGCAACUUAAUAUAAAAUAGGUAUAUCUUUAGUAAUGAAGUAUAAUAACUAUGGUCGUUUGAUAGACGGAAGUUAUUUGAUUGUUUCAUAAAAUAAAACAUUCAAAAAGACAGAAACUGCGUUAAGCAAUUAGAAUUGCAUAGAUUCUGUGAAUACAGUUGGAAACUUACUUGCAGCUGCAUUUUAACAAGGAAGUUAAAGAAAAAUUUUUAGUAACAUCAUUGGUUAAUAAUAUACAUUUUAGCAAGGCUCCUAAGUGGAUAGAAGUUAAUAACUCUCAAGCAAAACUGCUUAUAAUAUUUUUAGUUUAGUACCAUAGUAAAUGAUUUUGUUUUAGGCAGUGAUUAUUCUCUUCGCUUACUUGUAUAGGUAUUCUAGAAACGUUGGAACAGGAACACCCUAAUUUAUUGUAGUAAAUAAUUCAGAACAAAUUACAAGUACCUUGAUAUAGCUCUCUUCUGAUGUAUAACAAUUUUCUUUAGAUGAGCUUCAAAAUAUAAACUAAUAGCUUUUGAAUGAGUUAUUCAUAAUAAUAAUAUUAUCCGGCGUCUGUAUUUUCGUCAUACUACCAGUUUACUCUUUUAUAUAGUCUAAAAGAGAAUAAAUCAUCUCUUUAUUUGGGACAUUUAGUUCUAAUUAUAUUGAUUCUUGUAUUUAGGAUAUGAAAAGGUUUUAUUAAAUUAAUAAUAACUAUAAAUAGCAAGCUAUAAAUGAUCAUACUGAAAAUGUUAAAAGACAAAUAUUAAGUUAAACUUCAAAAUUAAGUAGGACAAAUAUGGGCAUCAUAAUGGCAUCAAUUUUAGUUUUUGUUUUGACUCUUCCUUACCCAAUUCUUAAUAAAGUUUUGGCAUAACAAUACAUUGAACAAUAUUAGCUUUUAAAUAUGGAGUCUUUUGUCAUUGAUGAGACUAGUUAUCAUUUAUUUACAUUGUUAAUUAAAUAGAGUAAAAGUACUUCAUUUGAUUUCAGAAAUUAUAUCCCUAAACUAUAAGCAAAAAUAUCAUAGUAAAAAGAUAUUUAUGUUUAGUUUCAGUAAAGUAUUCAAGACUUGAUAAAUGUGCCAAUGUCAGAUCAAAGCUAUUUUGAUAAUAUAUACAGCUAAAUUUAUCAGAAUGAUAUCUGCUAAAUAUAUAUCUAGAAUCCAUCCUAUUUUAAUUCAGUCAACAGUACCUUCACUCCUCAGUCAUGCAGCUAGAUAUAUCAGAAUACAAUGUCAAAAGGUUUGACAAUAUCUAUAAAAAUAUAUUUUGAGAUAAUGGAGUAAUUUUAUUAUGUUUUUACUACUUACAAUAACACAAAUCUCUUCAACUAAACACUCUUAAAUUUUUAAUAGUAAUACUACAUUCCUGAUGUAUUACAAUUUUAAGAUUUUAUCGUCUAUGUAAUAAAAGUAUAACGACUAUUCUUAACAAAUAUGAAUAGCAACUACAAUUAGAAUUUAUAAACGGUUCUCAUUGGUCUACUUUUCUAUCAGAUAUUAAUUAUGAUUCUGAUUCUUUAUUUUGGAUGGGUUGCUUUUUACAUAAAAAUGGAUGAAUAUUUACAUAAAACUAAACUUUAUUUAGCUGUUUUAAAUAUAAGGUAUUUAAUUUAAAAUCCAUAUGUAUAGAAUUAUCUUCAUAAAAAUUUGUAGUGA